CGGACAGGGACCGGGGCAGAGCCCCGCAGGCUCCCGGCAGCCCCGUCCCGACCCUCCACCACCCCGGUGGGAGCAGCCCCGUGCCCGGUUCCCCCGCGGCCCCCCGCCUCUCCAGCCCCAAGGAGCGCCCGUGACCUUCAACAGGGUAAACACUAAUUAGGCAAUUAUCCUAAUCACCGCCUCCUGCCUCUGACACCACCAGGCGCUUUCCUGCACCGGGCCGAGGAGGCAAGAUCUCCCCCGGGACAGCACAGCCGCCCACUCCUCCCGGACAACCGGAACCGCCGGGUUUGCACCGAUUCCUGCUGGACACUGAGCGGGUUGAGGACUAGGGACAUCUGGCCCCGAGCAGGGGGACACCGCACUGACCCCAAGGCUGCAGCCCCCCGGAAGGUGCCCGGGAAGGGGCAAUGUGUCAGGCUGCACCAGCUGCCUGUUGAGCCUGUGGAAGUUUCAGCGCCUGCCUGGCACCAGCACUCUGAUCCCAACGUGCCCACGGCUCCUGCUGGAGCCCUGGAGCAAAGGAGAUAUCAGGCCAAAGCUGAGUGGGGUUGAGGGGCACAUUCUUCUGCCCUGACCAAGUGGCAAUUCCUGCCCUGACACCUGACAGCACUGCAGACCCUUGGCUGCCCUCAUCCCCCUGGGCCCUGCAGCCCCCCUGACAAUUCCCAGUCCCACUGGAGCGCAGCAGCCUGCCAGGUACUGCCUCCCACCCCUCCUGGGCAUCGCCCCCCGUGUGCAUCGCUCCUGGCCCCCUCGGGGACCCGCCAGCUGCUGGCAGAGCCAUGAAGCUGCAGGCAGUGAUGGAGAACCUGCAGCGGCAGCAGCGCGCGCGGCUGCAGCAGGCGCUGGAAGCACGGCAGCAGGAGCAGCAGCGCUCAACGCCACCCCCAGUGCAGCCCCCGCCAGCCCCGGGGCAGACCCCUGCCAGCACCCCUGCCCGUGGCCGCGGCCAGGACCCGGCCCCAGCGCCCUUGGAGGAGGGAGCAGAGCCUGAGAGCGUGCACAUCCAGCGGGCACAGAUGGCUGCCCUGGCUGCCAUGCGGGCAGCAGCCGCUGGCCUCAGCCACUCGUCCAGCCCGGGGCUGUCGGAGGAGAGCCAGGCCUCUGAGGAGGAGGAAGAAGAGGAGGAGGAGCGUGGCGAGGAGGAGGAUGGCGGGUACCAGCAGGAGAUGGGCUCUGAGGAGGAGGAUCUGAAGGGCAAAUGGGAUGAAGAUGACUUUGAAGAAGACAUGGGUGAGGAGGAGGAGGAAGAGGAGGAAGAGGAAGACUAUGAGGAGGAAGAAGACAUGGGAGAGGAAGGGCUGAGCUCAGCAGAAGCAGUGCGGGCGGGCGCGGGAUCCUUGCUGCUCCGCAAGCCCCCGGCGCCGCAGCACUACCGGGGCGAGCCGCAGCGGCUGCCGGGUGGGCCGGAGCGGCUGCCCCCCGGCCCGGGCCAGACGCAGGCCCCGCCACCCGCACCUGACCACGGCGACUGGACCUACGAGGAGCAGUUCAAGCAAUUGUACGAGCUGGAUGGUGACCCCAGAAGGAAGGAGUUCCUGGACGACCUCUUCAGCUUCAUGCAGAAGCGAGGGACCCCUGUGAACCGGAUCCCCAUCAUGGCCAAGCAGGUGCUGGACCUGUACAUGCUGUACACGCUGGUGACGGAGAAGGGUGGCCUGGUGGAGGUGAUCAACAAGAAGCUGUGGCGGGAGAUCACCAAGGGGCUGAACCUGCCCACCUCCAUCACCAGCGCUGCCUUCACCCUGCGCACCCAGUACAUGAAGUACCUGUAUCCCUACGAAUGUGAGAAGCGAGGGCUGAGCAACCCCAACGAGCUGCAGGCGGCCAUCGACAGCAACCGGCGGGAGGGCCGCCGGCAGGGCUUCGGCAGCUCCCUCUUCACCUACUCUCCCGGCGGCACCCACAGCCUCCUCUCCUCCCCCAAGCUGCCGGUGCCGGCACUGGGCCUGGCCUCCGCCACCAACGGCGGGUCCAUCGCUCCCGUCCAGAAGAUCAAGAAAGAGGAGGACUCCCCCAUCCCCAUCUCCAUGCCCAGCCGGCUGCCGGUCUCGCUGGCCGGACACCCCGUGGUGGCGGCGCAGGCGGCCGCGGUGCAGGUGGCGGCGGCUGCCCAGGCCGUGGCCCUGGAGCAGCUGCGGGAGAAGCUGGAGUCGGGGGAGCCACCGGAGAAGAAGCUGGCGCUGGUGACGGACGAGCAGCAGCGGCUGAUGCAGCGGGCGCUGCAGCAGAACCUGCUGGCCAUGACGGCCCAGCUGCCCAUGAGCAUCCGCAUCAACAGCCAGGGCACCCGCUCGCCAGAGAACCGCCCGGACUCGGCCGGCGCAGGCAGCAACGGCACCAACAGCAUCAGCAUGUCGGUGGAGAUCAACGGCAUCGUCUACACAGGUGUGCUGUUCGCCCAGACACCCGGACCUUCCUCCUCCUCCUCCUCCUCCUCGCUGCCCUCCUCUGCCUACAGCAAAGGCAACAGCAGCGGCCGGAGCGGCGGCGCGGUGGGGAGCGGGGGUGGCAGCGUCCCCCCCGGCACCCCGGCCAGCCUGGCCGUGCCCCCCAGCUCUACCUCCAACAACGCUUCGCCUUAACCCCCCGGCCCCUUCCCCCAGCAGAGCCAGCAGCCCCUCGCCGGGCCGGGCUCUGGUCGGGGUCUCACCGGGGUCUGGCCAGGAUCCCAUGGGGGUGUCGCCGGGGUCUGGCCAGGAUCUUGUCAGGGUCUGAUGGGGUCUCACCAGGUUCUGCCCUUGUUCUUGUUGGGUUUUCCUUUGCCAGGCAGAAAAGCUUUAGCCCGGGGGUUUUGCCGGAGCCUCCGGCUGUCCCGUUUACCUCACUCACAUCACACUUUGCACUGUACAUUUAUUAUUAAUUAUUAUUAUUAUUAUUAUUAUUAUUUUUUAACUCGUGUUACCUCCAGACAGACGCACGGACGCUUUAGUGAAACCCCCCCGGCACUCUCUAAAGGCAAAAAAAGAUUUUUAAAAGUAAUAAUAAUAAUUGGAAAUCGG